CUCUAGAAUAUCUUCUUAGCCAGCGGCACCAUGAAAGUGAAGCUGGGGGACUUUGGAAUUGCAAGAAUGUUGAAUAACACCAUGGAGCUGGCCAGGACUUGUGUUGGGACACCGUACUACCUCUCCCCAGAGAUCUGCGAGAAUCGUCCCUACAACAAUAAGACGGAUGUAUGGGUCUCUGGGGUGUGUCCUCUAUGAACUCUGCUCCCUGAGACAUCCAUUUGAGGGUAGCAGCCUACGACAGCUGGUUAAUAAGAUCGUCAGGGGCGCUACGACCAGUAUCAAAUCGCUACUCCUAUGACCUUCGGCUGCUGGUUACCCAACUGUUCAAGGUCAACUCGCGGGACCGUCCCUCAGUCAGUUCUGUCCUCAAGCGUCCCUUCCUGGAAAAGCACAUCAGCAAACACCAGGAACCCCAGAUGAUACAGAAGGAGUUUUGCUGCUGUGUACGACACAGAAACGAUGCAGCAGCUUCACCGACCUGCAAAACAGGAUCAUAUCCAGGACCAGCAACUCAGGGACAAGAGAAGAAAGAGAAGUGUAGAACUGCUGGGGGGCAAGGAGAUAUGGAAAAGAACCCACCUACCAAACCAGAGUGGAGGGUUCCAUUCAAAGUCUGCAACCCGAAAGUUUUCCAUCAAAGACCAGGACCACGUGUUCAUCCUGCAGGCAGAGAAGCUGUAGAGCAGCAGAACCAAGGGAGUAACAUCCAAGACCCAGUCAGCUGUUACCAGCACCACCACGGUCAUCUUGAUGCCUUUCAGAGGAAGAAUAACAACCGUGGCCUUCCUCAUCCUGUCCAGGAGGAAGACAAGGAGCGUUAUGAAGUUCCUUCUGUUUUUCAGCCAUACCAGCUGGUGGCUGCAGCUCGUAAUGAAUACCUGCAGAGGUGCCAGGAGGCCAACCAGUACAAGCUGAGAGCAGAGAAACAGCUGGGCCUCCGUCCAUGUACGGCCGAGUGCUACAGGAAGCAUGGUGGUCAGGGGCAGGAGGCGGGAAGAUAUGAACACCAAAACACACCGCAGGACAAGAAGCAGGCGGGACAACAGGAGUACCUGCGGCAGCUGGAGCUGAUUAGAGAACAGUAUCAGCAGGACAUGAAAGAGCUGAGACUGCGGGCUGAAACAGAGGCCCUGCCACAAAACAAACAUGGAACAUUUGUGGUGGAGAAACCCAGAGAACCAGAACCAGCAGUAGUGAGUAAAGAACAGCAGAAUACCUCACUGGCACAGGACAUUGAAGCAGCUCUGAGUCAGAUCAGACAGGACAGGAAACAGCUGCAGAGGAAACACAAAGACAAGAAGGGAAUCAUGUUUGAGAUUCGGCUUGAUGAUGAGGAGGUGAAAGAAGACACAGAGGAGCAGAAGGAUGGGCAAGGAGUGGAGGAGAAGAUGAAUGAUGGAAGAGAAGAGGAGGAGGAGGAUGUGGACCUUCUGAACCAGACGCUGAGCUUCCAGGCUGGAGAAGAGCUGCAGGUCAGAGAUUGGACAGAGAUGAGGAGGGCAUGGAGCCGGAGGACUCCCCAGACGCUGCUGGACGCCCUCGCACACAUGACCUUUGCCUCUGUGUGUAGCAGCGUGGCUGAGGCUGAACAUGGUAUGGAGGCAGCAGGGCGCCUGCAGUGGGACGAUGGUCCUCCCGUUACUCUGCUGAAUGCUCUCGCUCAGGCUGAGCUCACUUCAUCCACUCUGGGCUCAAUAACAGCAGAGUUAAAGGCAAAGAAAGAUGACAGCGAGGAGGAAGACUCUGACAUGGAGAUGAAUGAAGAGCGUCUGGAGCCGAGGUCAGAUGACGAUGACACGAACUUUGAGGAGUCAGAGGAUGAACUGAGAGAAGCUGUGGCCGACUCCAUGAGGAACCUGUUGUUCCUGGACACCAACUUGAGCUCAAAUGGGGCAGAGAGCAGUACUGCGAAUGCAGCAGUGGAUGAUGGGAUAAAGGAGACUGAAAAUGGAGGUGCGGUGAGCUCUGUAGAUCAACAAAUCCAGCUGGAGGAUUCCACUGAGUCUGAAGGACCCGGCCGUCAGAAUGACGCGUGAAAUAAGCAGCAUCAGAUGAGCUGAGUGAUCUUAAAUUCUGUAGUCUGUGGUGGACCAUGACAACAUUACAGUAACUUUAAAAGUUCUUGUUACUAGAGCUAAAUUUAGUCUGUCUGGUGUUGGUCUGAUAGGCAAAGAGUCUUUUAACAUGUGGCCCGUAUAUGCACUUUGUGGCACUCUUUUCUUCAGAUCUGUGAAUCAUUAUUUACCAGUAAAGCAGAUUAACUUCCCUUUCUUAAUCUGUCAUAAAGUGAAAAGGAUUUCUCUUCCUGCACUGACCAUUUCCUGCCACUGGAUGGCAGCAAACAAGAAGAAAUUCAUCUGUCAUGGUUGACAAUUGUAUUUUUGCAGUGUUGUAAUUGUUGAAAAACUCAGAACAGUUUCCAGAUUAACAGACUUAAAAUGUAACGGCAAGCUCUUUCUAAAUAAAAUAUUUUAUUUAGUUAUUUUUUUACUUUCUUAAAUAUAUCCAUGCUUUGAACCAUUCACAAACAGAAUGCAGUAACAACAAUUAAACAAGAGAUUUGGUCAAUAUCGCAAUACAAUGUAUUUUAAGGGUUUCUUGAACACGCAUGCACGCACACACACACACACACACACAUAUAUAUAUACUUAUAUAUAUAUAUAUACAUAUAUACAUAUAUGUAUAUAUAUAUAAAUAAAACAUUAAAUAAUAAAAGUCAUUCUCUAACAGUUAAAUAAAUUGCUGAUCAAUAAUUGAGGAACAGCAUUAAAACAAAGGUAGCGGCCGCAUUCCAGCACGCCGCAAAGAUAUGCAACUAUAUCAAAGAAAACAAAGAGUUAAAAAAAACACUCCAUUAUUACCGCUGAUUCAAUUCCA